AUGGCGAGCUUCGCCUGGAAAGGCCGCACCACGGCCGGCAAGAUCGAACAAGGUGUGUUGGUGGCGGACUCUCGCGACUCUGCUUCCGCCAUCUUGCGUCGCCAGCGCAUCCAAGUCACCAGCAUCCGCGAGAAGGAGCGCCGCAUCCCGCUGCUGCCCAAGUUCGGCGGCAGCAUCAACUCCAAGACCCUGGCGAUCUUUACUCGCCAGUUCUCGGUGAUGCUCGACGCCGGCCUACCGCUGGUCCAAUGCCUCGAGAUCCUCGGUGCGCAGGAAGACGACAAGCGCUUCAAAGAGAUCAUCAACUCGGUUCGUAACGAUGUCGAGAGCGGCACCUCGCUGGCCGAAGCGAUGAAACGGCACCCGUCGGCGUUCGACAAUCUCUACGUCAACAUGAUCGCCGCUGGCGAGGCCGGCGGUAUCCUCGACAUCAUCCUGCAGCGUCUGUCGACCUACAUCGAAAAGUCGGUCAAGCUCAAGGCCCAGGUCAAGAGCGCACUGAUCUACCCGGUGACGGUCAUCGUCAUCGCCUGCGCGGUGGUGUUCAUCAUCCUGUGGAAGGUCAUCCCGACCUUCGAGCAGCUGUUUGCCGGCCUCGGCGCCCGCUUGCCUUAUCUGACCCGGGUGGUGGUAGCCGCCAGUGAAUUCGUCGGCGCCUACGCCAUCUGGAUCAUUCUGUUCCUGGUGCUGUCGUUCGUCGCUCUGACUCAAUGGCACAAGACUUACCGCGGCCGGCGGGUCAUCGAUCAGGCGAUGCUGCGGAUCCCGAUCAUCGGCAUGCUGUUGCGCAAGAUCGCCAUCGCCCGCUUCUGUCGCACCCUGGCGACCCUGACCUCGAGCGGCGUGCCGAUUCUCGACGGCCUAGAGAUCACCGCCAAGACCUCCGGCAACGCGGUCAUCGAAGACGCGGUGAUGAAGGUCCGCAAGAGCGUCGAAGAAGGCAAGACGAUCAGCGGCCCACUGGGCGAGACCAAGGUGUUCCCGCCCAUGGUCGUGCAGAUGAUCGGCGUCGGCGAGCAGACCGGUGCGCUGGACCAGAUGCUGUCGAAAAUCGCCGACUUCUAUGAGGACGAGGUCGAUACCGCGGUCGCCGGUCUGAUGAAGUUGAUCGAGCCGCUGAUGAUCGUCUUCCUCGGUGUGGUCAUCGGCACCAUCGUCACCGCCAUGUACUUGCCGAUGUACUCGCUGAUCUCACAGAUCGGCUAG